AUGGAGGAGAGGGACCCGGUGGCCGGCGGGCAGUGGCGGCGGCCGCUAGCGGCGCCGCUGAGCCCCGCCGGCGCGCUCGCCGCCAUGCUGCUGGCCAAGCAGGGGUGGCAGGUGGACGUGUUUGAGCGCCUGGCGCCGCUGGUGGGCGAGGGCGGCGAGGUGCAGGCCUCCAUCGGCCCCCGCUCAUACAACAUCUUGCUCAGCGAGCGGGCGGUCGCGGCCAUGGAGGCGGCGGGCGCCGACCUCCGCGGCUUCGACAUCCCCGACCUCCAGCACUCGCUGCGCCACAAGCUGAAGGGCGGGCCCACUGAGGGCUCCACCUCGCCGCUGCCGGGCCGCCUCAAGCUGGCCAACCGCGGCACGCUGGCGGGUGCGCUGGUGCAGCAGUGCCUGGCGCAGCACGGCGACAAGGUGCAGUUCCACUUCCAGCAGGCGGCUGAGAUGAUCGACGCAGGCAACAGCAUCGCCUACUUCCGCCCGGUGGGGUCGGCAGCAGACGGCGCCGCCAUGGCCAGCGCCAGCGCGGGCAGCGGAGGCGGCUGCGGGUGCGACUCUGGCGGCGGCGACGGCGGGGCCGCGGGGGCUGCGGCAGGCGGCAGCGCCGGCGUGCUGCAGGCGCCUGCGGGGGCGCUGACGCAGCAGCACACGCCCGCCUCCCCAGACGCCCUCGUUUCGUACACCUUCGACCUGCUGGUUGCGGCAGACGGGGCGGGCAGCAUGGUGCGCAAGGUCCUGGAGCGGCACGACGCGGGGCUGAGGGUGGGGGUGACGCGAGACGUGAUGGAGUUCCGGAUCUGUGUGCUGGGAGCCGCCGACCAGUUCUUGUCGCCGGGGGUGGGCGCGGUGGGCACCUUCCAAACCUGGACAAACCCCAAGCUGCAAGCCACUUUUAUUGGGUCGUCCACCAAAGAUGGCCAGCUGCGAUGUGUGUUCAUCCUGCCACAAGGGGUGCACGCCUCGCUCAAGACUGUGGCAGACUACGAGUCUUACCUGGCCGAGGCCAUCCCCAGCCUGCCACAGGAUGCCAUCAAGCGCGCCGCCCCGCAGCUGCUAGACUCGCCCAUCUCAAACGGCGGCACCAUCGUGCGCUGCUCCAAGUUGAACAGCCGCAAUGUUGUGCUGGUGGGGGACGCGGGUCACAGCGUGUACCCAGCGCUGGGGCAGGGCGCCAACGCGGCGCUGGAGGGGGCAGCCACGCUGGCGGCGGUGGGCGCCCAGGACGUGGAGGCUGUCGCAGCCGAGUACUCCCGCCGCUGGCUGCCCAACGCGCUGGCUGUGGCGGAGCUGACUGAGGAGGGGUUUGGCAAGAAUGCGAGGGCAUUUGCGCCCAACCUCAAGCUGGUCCAGCUCAUCUGCCAGAUGCUGCUGCACAAGCUGCUGCCCUUCCUGAUAAACUCCACCAGCAUGCCCUACGCCGAGAUCCUGAGGCGCAGCAAGCGGGAGAUGGCGGUGUUCAAGGCCGGCCUGGUGGCCGCCUCAGCCGCCAUAGCGGCCGCGCUGCUGCGCCACUGUGUGCGCCCCGCGCUGGCGGCGCUGGGCCUGGCCUGA